UACAUACAUACACUACACACACACACACACACUGUGUGUGUAUAUCAUAGGCUCUCUCUCUCUAUAUAUAUAUAUAUCAUAACUAUCUAUACUAUUGUCAACCAAUCUAUUUGGUGCACACAAUGAGCCGUAUAGUGGAGACCAACUCGUCGGGUGUGGUGACCAUAGUUAUCGAUGACGACAACGAAGUGGACGAAGAGGACGACGACGAUGAGGAGGAAGACAUAGUAGUCUUCGACGAUAGCCAUCGAUGGACUGGUAGUGGUAGUGGUCGUAGACGUAGGGACUCCUUGUCGUCGACGACGGACAACAACGGGUCAGCCGUCUAUAGAGCCGCUGCUGCUGUCGGCGGCGGCGGCGGUCAACGUCGCCAAUCGGCAACCAAUACGACGACUUCGGUGACCACUACCAACACAACCGCACGCAACAGCAGCCGACAACAUAUUGGCGUACACCGGCCAGUGGCCACACCGCCCGGUUCGCCGAAGUUUAUCAAUGCGGAAAACUCGCAGAAUAUUCUUAUUAAAGAAAAUAAUGUUAACGUAGUGGUGGUCGGAGGCGGCGGCGGCAGUACUGGUGGUGGUUCGGGUUUGACCCCGAGUUUAUUAUCAUCGGCGGCGGUGUCGUCCUCUACAGCGGCGCCACCGAAGCCAAAGUGUUUCAGUCCGUGUUGUGUGUCGUCCAGUAUCUCAUCGGACGCUAACCCGCAGCGACCGCAACAACAACAACAACAACACCACAACAUUAUUACCAAACAGUCCACACAUUAUGUGGUACUGAAUAAGCCGUCGUCGAAACCUACGGCCACCACCACUAUUACUAUUGGCGGCGGCGGUAGCGGUAAUAGUAGUAGUAGUGGAGGACAAUCGAUAUCUAUGCCGCCGUUUUGUUUGUCACAGACAACAACUACGGCUACACCAAAGUCUUCGUCUUUAUACUCAUCGUCACAAUCAUCGCAAUCAUUGUCGUCGUCGCCAACAAAACUGCGACUCUGGCAGCCGUUGGCCACCACCACCACUCAUCAUACGGGUCACAGCGGGUUGUCAUCACCGGCGGUCACCUCUCGAUUGAUGUCGUCGUCGUCAUCAACAACAACAACGACAAUCGUAGUGUCCACUCGACCCCGCAAUACUAAUAAUAGUAGUAUCAGUCACACAACGCCUUCAUCAUCAUCCACUAGUGGUUUGGCCACAACUUCAUCGGCAGCUGCGCAGCCGUCAUCUAUGUCGCUGAUGGUGUUACCCGACGACGAUGUCGAGUCCGACUGUAUGGACGAUCGGAUGUUUUUCAAAUAUCUGAAUCUGAUUCCCGAUCGGGAACGCCAGACGAAAACUACGCGCCAACUCUUCCAGCAGUGGCCACUGAGGAAAGUUAGCCGUAUUGGCAAACCCGAAACCGAUGAACAGGGUCGAAUAUUGUUGGCCAACUUUAAGUUAAUACGAGAGCCGCUAAAAACGGGUCCCGAUUUACGUCAGGCUCUCAGUGAACGUAAGAUCCGAUGGUAUCGGGAAGCGCAACAAUACAACGAACGUUUACAGAAAUUUAAGGCCAACUUACCGGCCGAUAUGGCACUCAGACAUCGGCUACAAUCGGAUUUGGAAAAACUACACAAACGUUUGAUGUCGGAUAAGUCCCGGCUGAGUGUCGAAGAGGACAAGUAUCGGCAACAACGAUCUCAGGAGGAUCUACAACGACAACAACGGGACGAAUUGGUACAGGAAAUGGAUUCAUACGGUGAAGCUUUCGAGUUGUCGUCACCGAUGGGUCAACGGGUAUGGGUAUCGAGUGAUAGACAGCCCCUGAACUAUAUACAGAUAUUCAAUUUGAAUCUACGGGUCGAACAACACUGCAAUCGUGUCCAGUCCAUACGGGAUGCAUUGGCCGCUGCAGCGGCGGCUGCCGGUGCCCUACAACAGGCAAACAAAUUGGGCAACACUAGGAUUACCCGAUCGAAUACCGGGUUUGCCGGCAUCGAUAAGAUGUGGGGUCCCCGAAGCGAAAGUCAUGAAUAUUCGUUCAAUCGGCGCCAACGAUUGGACAGAUAUCGGCGAUUGGAAACCGGACUCAAUUGGAAGUCCCGUUUGGUUAAGAAGCACUGUCGGGGCAUCGAUAUCGAAGUGUCCAAGAUAAUGCGGUGUCCGUGUUGUCUGGAAAUAGUUGAACCCGAAUGGGGUCACAGUUGCCGCGAUUCGGAUGAAGAGUCGAUUGUCGGCGACGACAACAUGUCCAGUGUUAACGAAGGUUCCGAGUUUGGUGGCCAACGAUCGGAAACGGCGACAACAAGUAAUUGUAACGAUGAUAAUGAGGACAACGUCGACGUCGCCGACGAUGACCAGGAGGACGACGACAUCAAAUCGAUUAACAGCGAACUGAUUGUUGAAGACCAUCGAUCGGUACCGCCGCCGCCGACGACUACCGUUUGUUUAGACUGUCAACGAGUCGACUGUUUGGGCCAAUGUUUGGUCAUUACCGCCGCCACCACCACCACCACUACUACCACAACGCCGUCUCCUCCGGCUAUUACCAAACAGAUAGCCAUAUCGGAGUCGACAACGACCACUACGACUAAAAAUAAUAGCAUCGGUUCCGAUAUAAAGUCAACAAAGUUGAAGACAAUAGUGUUGAACAACAGCAACAACAGCAACAACAACAACGAAACAGUUGUCACCACCACCGCCGCCGCCAUCAUCGGUGGUAGUGUUAAACAAAUGCAACACGAAAUAGUUGAAGACAAAAUUAUGGUACAGAAGGUACCGGUUCUGGCGGCGGCGGCGGCACUACCAUCACAAACAGUGCCCCGAUCGCCGCCCGUACUCUACGACAAAAGCAAUAGCAACAACAAUACAACGAUUGGUCGCCGCAAAAGUGAUAGACGAGCUGCGGCUACGGCUAUAUCGUCACCGUUGGCAGCAGCGGUAACCAUUAGCCCUGGUCGUAAUCUACGGUCAAACAACAACAACAACAACAUUACCGAUAAAGGCCUACUUACCGACAACCAUAAGCAACAGCGGGUCGCUGUCGUCGCCGCUUCUCAAGAGGACAUUGUGAUCAUUAAUGAGGUCCGCAACAGCAACAGCAGCAGCAACAGUGACAAGGAUUUGUUGCCACCGAUGCCACCACUAAUCAACAAACGACAACAACAACAGCAACAAAAAUCUGCGGUCGUCAUCACCGAACAGCCCGUACUUAUUACCCGAAUCGGCGGACUAGAGACUAGAGGUUCGGCGGCGGCCAUGAAAAGAAAGUUUGCUGUCGUCGCCGAUAAUAACAAUACUAGUAAUAAUAAUAAUAAUAAUCAUACGAAACGAUUGCGGUCACAGACGUUACGGCGCCGACAGUAUAAUAAUAAUAAUAAUAACAACAAUAAUAGCAUUGAAGACGAAAUUAUUGUCAAAAAAAUCAAAUAA